AUGUCGGUUGAAGAAAUCUCUAUGAAAGAUCUGGGAAGAUUGAAGUACUUUCUUGGAAUUGAAGUUCUGAGAUCUAAACAAGGGAUUUUUAUCUGUCAGAAGAAAUAUAUCCUUGAUCUGCUAGCCGAAACCGGAAUGAUUGAGUGCAGACCGGCGGACACCCCAAUGGUGGUUAAUCACGGCCUACACAUGGAAGAUGGAGCAGAACUAGCAGAUAAGGAGAGAUAUCAACGAAUGGUGGGAAAACUGAUAUACCUCUCCCACUCUCGUCCAGAUAUAGCUUAUGCAGUAGGAGUGGUGAGUCAGUUUAUGCACCAGCCCCAAGCGAGUCACAUGGAAGCAGUAUUAAGAAUCAUCAGGUAUCUCAAGAGAACAAUAGGUCAUGGUAUACGGUUUAAAUCAAAUGGGCACUUAGAAAUCCAAGCUUAUAUAGACGCCGACUGGGCAGGAGAUAAAGGAACGAGAAGGUCAACCUCAGGAUACUUCACCAUGGUCGGAGGAAAUCUAGUUACAAAAGGUAGUCGCUAG